AUGGAUGCCCCGCCGGGCCCUGCCCCCGCACUGGGCGAGCGCCACCCGCCGAUUACCCCCGACACACUCCAUGACAUUGUGGCGGAGCAUCUGCAGCGUGCUGGCAUGCGGGCGGUGGUCGCUGAUAUGCGGCGCCAGGCGAAAGCCGCCCGGGCCUCCGCCCGCAGCGCAGGGACGCAUCGGCAACCGGCCCACGAGCACGACACUACGCUUCAGUCGCCCUCAGUGGGGCCGUCAGCCGGCGCGCUGGGGUGGUGCCUCAGCUCCUCGGUGGCCACGAGAGUGGCGGUGCGCCACCUGCUCGGGGACGGUGCCUCGAAGCUGCACGCACAGUUCCAAUCGAUGGGGCUUCCGGCACCCGACACGGCGUUUCUGCAGAAUGCGUUAGACUCCAACGAAAAACGCAUGUGGUCCGUGCAGGAUGACGUGGACGCCGUGUACGUUGGGCGGGCGGGCGGCAAGGCGGGCCGUGGGAUACCCGCCUUCGGGACGCUGCAUCAACUCAUAGAGGCCUUGACGCACGUCAGUGUGCUGCCCCUCUCAACCCUCGCGGAGGAAAGGCUCUUGGCGCAGGAGGAAUUCACACAUGCGUUUCUGCGGCAGCACCGCUACUUCGCGUCGUCGUCCACGGUACUCGCCAAGCUAAUGGAGCGGUUUAUGGUGCCACUCUCGUUGAAGCUCGGGUUUGACAACUUUGAGGCGCACGGCAUUAGCGUCCAUGCGCCGGGCACGUCUCUUUCCUCCGUCCUUGCCGCAUCACGCGUCACACACACGCGCAGCGGUGAGGCCGAGGAGGCCAUGGAACGGGGUGCGGGCCACUUCUCUCCCAGUGCCUCACUUUGGUUGGGUGUGUGCCGCAGAAUACAACUGCGUGUCAUGUCUGUGUUAACGCUUUGGCUGCGGGAAUACCCGCGCCACUUUGAUGACGCAAUGCGUCACAGCGUCCACCUCUUUUUAGACGACUGCGCCUCGGCCCCCCAGCCAUGGAGCGAUUGCGCUUCGCAGCUUCGAGGAAUGAUGGAGUUUGCGCGGGCCGGCGUUUCAGCCAGCGCCGCAGCUGCGCAGGAUAAACGAGGCGGCGCCAUCGCGGCACGGCGGCAUCGUCUGUGUGAUGGGCCGCCCACUUUACCGUUCCCCUCGGCCACUCGCGGAAGCGCAGCCGAGGAGAACUCCCUCAUGCGGGUGCAGGACGGUGUGGAGUGGAGUCCUUCACUGCGGGCCCUCCCCGGCGCUGGUUCCGCAGCUCGAGUUUCUUGCUGA